AUGGCUGAAGAAUCACAAGAAGAGCUUGAUAAAUUUCUAUCAAAAAUCGAUGAUAUUCAUCGUAUUGUUCAAGAUUUAUCUUCUAAUGAUCCAAAUGAAGUAUCAAAAGCAAUGGAACAAUCUGAUAUAUUACUUAAAGAUACAUCCAAAACAGGUGUUGAUCGUACUAUAAUAAAUAAAUCAUCUUCAGAAUCAACACAACAACAAAUGUCACCGAAUGCAUUUAUGAGUGCAUUAGAAAAAGAUGCUCAAGAACGUGCUGAAAAUCGUCGUAAAAAUAAAAUUUUAGCUGAUGAAUUAAAAACAAAAGGAAAUGAAGCAUUUCAUCAACAAUUAUAUGAUCAAGCAAUUGAUUAUUAUACACAAGGUUUAAAAAUAAAAAAAGAUUAUGAUAUAUUAUAUACAAAUAGAGCACAAGUUUAUGUUAAACAAGGACGAUAUGAAGAUGCAAUUAAUGACUGUGAUUGGGCUUUAAAAGUAACACCAACAUUUAUUAAAGCUUAUGUAAUCAAAGGCAAAUGUUUAAUUAAUUUAAAAGAAUUUGAUCGUGCUAAAGAAGAAUUUAUUCAAGCUGAAGAAAUAGCAAUAAAAAAAUUUGAAUCUAUAAAUACUCGUCAAUGUAUUCAAGAAGUUCAACGACAACGUGAUAAAUAUCAACGAGAAGAAUCAGCACGAAUAUUUCUAUCAAAUGAAGAUUCAUCAAUACCAAUGAAUUUAACAAAUACACUUAAAAAAUUAAAUUUUGAUAAACAAUCAAUUAUUUAUUAUAUAGGUGGAAUUGAUCUUCUCUGUCAAAUAAUAAAAGAUGAAACAACUCGAACCGCGUUUCGUGUUAAUAAUGGUUUUAAUUUAUUUAAUUCUCAUUCGAUUAUAACAGAGAGUGAUAAUGAAAAUUUAUCGGAAUCAAUUUUUAAUCUAAUGAUUAUUCUUUGUCAAGAUGAUGAUGAAAAUACUAAACAAUGUUUAGAAAGUAAAUUUUUCAUUAAUUAUUUAACAAAAAAUAUUUAUUCAUCAAAUGCAUUUCAAUUUCUUGUUGAAAUUUCAUUAAAAAAUCAAUCACGAUUAAUUUUAAUGCAAAAAAUUACACCGGAUAAAUUUAUUCAAUAUUUAAUGAAUAUAAUCGAUGAUAAAAACUCUAAUCGAAUAUAUGCUGCAAAAUUAUUAAGUAAUUUAGCAAUUGAAUCAAAGAUUAAACAAUAUUUUAAUAAUAAAGAUGAAUUGAUAAAAUUAAUUACAAUUCUAGUAAGAAAUAAUUUAUUGUUUG